GUACUUCUCUUCUCGCAAGGCUUCCGCACCGCUGAAGUCUUAGCCAAGAAGAUAGUCCCGUUGUAUGAACUGUGUGGGGAACAGUUGUCAGCUCAACCACACUACGACUUUGGUCUGCGAUCACUGAAGUCUGUGCUGGUUAGUGCAGGCAAUGUGAAGCGAGUGAAGCUCAGCGCACUCAAACACGAGGCCCACAGAGACGGCAGAGACACCCACGAGGCAGAGCUAGCAAACGACCUCGAUGAACAGGCCGUGAUCAUUCAGAG